ACGAAGAAAGUGCCAAAGUCUGAAAUUCCAAUACGGUUGCGACCUAUUUGGAAUUCAGCAAUUGAAGAGAUUGCUGAAGCCGUACCAUGUUCUGUUGAGGACAGAAUAACAAAUUUUAAAUAUGACUUUAAACCAUACACAAAGAAACUGCAGAAGCUACCUUUUAAAGAUGAGGAGCAAGUUGAGGAAGACAGUCUUCAACUGCAAGAUUUUGAUACUGAAGACCUGCUAGCCGUUGACCCCUUUUGCCAAAUCAAUUUAUUUGCCAGUAUUGAAAAAAAGUCAAGUUUUAAUGAACAUGAUGGUGCUACAAGCCACACAAUUGGAACUAAUAAAAAAAUUUCCGGGUUAAAAGCAAUCUCUACAUAUGAGUGUACUUUUUCUAAUUUCAUUCAUCAAGCCAUCAAUGACAACAACGGAGAAUUUAAUGUUGUAAAAACAGUGUUUCCAAUCUCUGAUGGUCCUAAUGCUUCCAGUGUAUCAGAAAAUCCAAGUGCGCAUCACUCAAACUCAUCUUUCACCCUUCUUUGCUUUCAUACGACUCAAAAAAGUCGAGAAAAUCUUUACCAUCCAUGCCUGGUUCGGAGGUGGGUGACUUCACUAUCCUUGCUCAGCAAAAUAGGGCACUACCAUCUAACAAAGAACUCCCUACAGAAACAACUAGCUUACCAUUAGCUAACAGUUCUCUGAGCGAAUUAACUCACUUAGUUAGUGGUGUUGGCCAGAAAUCCCAUUCUCCUGCAGCCCAGUCUACCUCACAGCAUCCCCCAUCUACCUCAGAUAGUAAAAUGAGCGAAAAAAGCAAGUUUUUCUACCAUACACUCGGUCUCUUGGCAGUGAAUCCUGAUCCAAAUGAUGCGCAAGGAUGCCAUGUUUCUAAAUCUCGAGCUGUUCAAGUUGCAUCUGCUAUCGACGAAAGUUAUAGCGAUCGUCCACCUUUGAAACACUACUCUCAAUGCUCAUGUACGGCACUUAAUGAGACCAGAGGUUUCGGGCGUGCCAGGUACACCAUUCGAGAUCUGUUGGACGCCCUCGACUGUAUCAGUAACGGUUUUCCGACCAACACAGUGGCUUACAACUUCGAUAUUCCUCGAUUUGUGAUCACAAGUUACACAAGCGGGGUCAAAUCACUGAUGAUAAAACACCAUAGCGAUUGUGGGCUGUUUUUAUGUGGGAAGUCCGUGAUAAUACACGGCCCUGCCCACCACCUUAAAGCUAUGGAAGAAAACCGAAGGCUUAGGAUAUAUGGGUCAUCUACGGAAAAUAAUAAAAGCAUGAAGAAAAUUACUACCCCUAAGAAAUUAACAGCUAAUUUGAGUCCUGUAGUUGUGUUGGAACAAAUGAACAAAUAUGUUUCGAAUAUGAAAUCUACUUCGGAAUCUGAAAUAUCCUUGUCUGUUGUAACGGACGCUUGGAAUUACUACUUGAGCAAAGGCUCAUUAAAGUACUUGGAGCAAUAUCCUGAACAAGCACAAAAAGAAGGUCCUGUCUAUGAAAACAAAUUUCAAGAAGCGUUAAAAGCGUUGGUGCUUGGAGGUAAAAUGGAGGAAGUAGCAGAAAAAUUUUGUCUUCCAGUCCAAGGUUUAGUGCAGAGAAUCAAUUUCUUCGCUGCCAUGCAAGGUCAGAUUGUUUUGUCGCUGAAAAAACGGCACAACGUACGGUCGAAACAUUCUGACAGGCAAAUGUUCGAAGCUAUAGAUGAAUACUGGACUAAAGACCAGAAGAGAUCUGUCACUGUUUUAGGGCAAAAGUACGGCAUACCCCCCUCCACUUUGAGAGGCAGCAUUGAUAGGAAUGAAUGGGUUUAUAAAAGGAUCAAGCAAGAGAUGCCCGCGGAAUCCACAAUUGAAGACAGGAUCAAAAAAAUGAUCUUGAAUCGGAACCUCUUCAUAUUUCUCAGCAGCGAUAGAUCUUCAUACGCCAGCAAGCAAGAGCGGGAAAUUUUGAAAAGGAUGAUGAAGCAAUCUCAGGCCAUCGGGAAAAAAAAUAUCACAACUCCGGAGCUGCAGAACGCGAUGAGGAAACUGGGUCUUUCUCCGACUGAAAGUUCUGAAGAUUUCAGGAUGCUGAAGGCGAUGGAUGAUGCAUGGAAAGCUAAAAUCCGUACGUGCCGGAUUUCUGAGCGGUAUAACAUCCCAAUGGACACAUUGCGCAAUCUGCUGAACAAAAAUCGUCGAACCUACUUUAAAUUGAUGAAGUCUCUUCCAAGUAACGCACCUAAAGGGUUGAGAUUGCGUAACAUGAACCAAAAUAAACAUAUUUUUUAUAUGAAUUUCACCCUUCCGCAAUCUGGUUCAACCGAUACGGAAAAUAUCGCAGACCAAGACCAGAAUAAAGAAAAAAAUCAGAAUUUUGUAAUCUUACCUGAUAAUGCUACAGAAGAAAGUCAAACACUUGAAAAUAAUGAAAAUGCUGAACAACUUGAACCAAGCACGUCCAAGUCAAGUAAAUUUUUAAAUCGAAAAUUAAACGCCAAAAAAUUAAACCACGGUAAAGGGUUUUAUGUUCCUAUAAGCCAUGAGGGAAGAAAGUUUCGCACACAUCGCUGGGUAGAUGGAAAACUCGUUAAAAAGAAUUACACGUACUCAGAUCUCAUGAAAGCCUUGAAGCUAAUCAAAAACAAGUCACUGACAAUUGCUGAAGCUGGUAAGACGUUUAAUAUUCCUUUUACAACUUUGCGGGACAACAGCAGAGGCAGGUAUGUAAAAGUUGAUGCUGCUCGUAAGGGCAUGGCAAAAGUUACCAAAGUUCAUAAACAUGUGAAACCAAAAAGCCUCAAGGAGCAGAAACGAUGCUCAAGAUUGAAAAAGAAAAGAGGACUGUACAGCUUGCGGAAAUGGAUCCAAAUUGGUAAAGAUGCUGAAUCUAGCUCGGAAGAAUCUUCAAGUGUUGCCCACAUUUCGAAAAUAAGACAGAAACCUGAAAACGUGAUGCUUAAUUUGACUGUAGGCAUUGAAGGAAGCAUUGCUGACGCUAUGAGGACCCUUCGAAAGUGGAAUUGGUCAGUUACAAAAGAAGUAGCGAGAGAAAUGAUAACCAUUCAUCUUCGGGAUGAUCUGAAAUACUCUCGAUCAAAAGAAGUCACAGAGCUAUGGUUGAAAUAUUUCUGCGUGCGGAAUCAUAUUGUGUUGGAAGAAAAAGAAAUAAGAACUGAUGAGCCAGAUCCUUUUGUUGUAUACGGCUUCUUAGACAAACUGGAAGGUUAUAUGCGGGAGUUAGCCCUCGAAGAAGACCCGUACAGUGUAUACUGCAUUCAUGAGGUUGUUUUGAAUAAAGACGAGGAAAAUGAGACGACUGUAAUAGCUGCGGUGAGCGCAGCGGGUGAUAAACAGCCUCCAAUGAUCAUCUUCCAAGGAGAGGUAGCGUGGUGCUCUGGAGAGAGGAAAACUCCGUUUCCGGGGACUCAAUUUGGGCUCGCAUCUAAGCCUGGAGUCCCUGCUAAAAUAUUUGAGCACUGGUUCAAAAACUUUCUCACUGCAGUGUCACAGCGCCCGCUUCUACUACUCUAUGAUGGCUCAUACGAACACUUGCCUAUUGGUUUCAUUAACAAUCAUAUGAACAGUAAUAUAAGACUUAUAAAGCUUCCAUACUCCAACACCAAAUGCUCAUUUGAACUUCCGUAUGGAAAAGUUCCUGCUGAAGCAAAGUUGUGGUUUGAAAGCAGUAAGACUUCAGCAGACACCAAGUACACUCAAGGCCAAAUCACUAACAUUGUGACCGAUAUUUGGCAAGAAGGUUUUACGGAAGAAGUAAUCACGUCCCAGUUCACAGCCAGUGGUAUUUUCCCCACCAAUCAUGAAAAAUAUCCCACUGAUCUUUUCCCUGAGUCUCGGCUCCGCGAAUAUAGCAGAUCUGUUAACUUAAUGGAUGUUAGCACAUCUAAGAAGCGUCCACAAGCUUCCAGAACAAGAAAAUCAUAUCAUGCUGACUCUGCGGACAGUACUAAAGUUUCGAGGCAAAAAGUCACAGUAAAGAGACUACAAAAGGGGCAGUCGAAUAAAAAUCAAGACGAUCCUCUAAGAGGAGUGAAAAAGUCAGCCACCACAAAAUUAUCAAAACCUGUUGUGGCAACUUUACUAGGUCAUUUGAAUCAGUCAGAUGUUGACGCUUGUGAAGGAAAUAAGGACCCUUUGUUUAUUGCUUACUGCAAGAAACAUAAACCAGCUGUUUCUGCUCAAAAACCUGAACUUACUCCGGAGCAAAUCGAGGCUCUCAUCUGGAUGGAGUGGGAGGCUCUGUCUUCGGAGGAGCAGAGGAAGUGUAGCAUCAUUGAGAGAGAGGAGUCAUCAGAUGAUAAGUCCCCAAAGAAGAAAGGAAGACCAUUGAAAAAAUCUUCCGAUACACCUGACAGUACAAUGUUCAAAUGCAGUUCAUGUCCUGCUUCUUAUCGUAGUUCGCAUUCACUCGGCCAACAUAAGCGGUGGUGUGCGGGAAUUGCUGCUGCUAACAAAGGAUCUUCUGUCUUGAACAAGAACUCUAAAGAAGUCUCAAGUCCAAUGAAAAACAAUGGAGAUAUAUCGUUUAGUUGCGAUGGUUGUAAAGAAAGUUUCUUUGACAAACGUUCGCUCAAAAUCCACAAAAAGUUUUGCUCAGCAAGCACACAAACUGAUUCCGCCGUUCAAUCUCCAGCAUCCAAAUCCUCCGCUCUUCUUUCCCGGAAGAAGUCCAUUCAGCAGGAUGACACGAGUAGCAACGGGAGCAAAGCCGACUCCGAGGAUGCUCCUGGAAUAAAGAGGUUGAAGAGCCGAGGUCCUCAGCUGGGAUCAAAUACCAAACGAGAAAACAUCUGCUCGAAAUGUGAAUCUGCAUCUGAUGAAGAGGAGCUGGUUCACUGCAUCGGAGGAUGCUGCGCUAGUUUCCAUCCUCGUUGUUUGGAGGAAGGAGCUAUCACGUCCAUCGUCAGUUUUACUUGCAAGCUUUGUAAAGAAGACAAUCAUCCUUGCUUUAUCUGCAAGAAGUCUUCCAGUAAUGAUGAUAGCCUCGGAGAAAUCAAGAGAUGUUCCGUUCCGAAAUGCGGUCGUUCGUAUCACACAACGUGCUUGACAGAGCGGAAGAUAGCUCUCCUUCAACAUGAUGAUGAUGAUCAGAAGAAACAAGAUAAAGAGAAAGAGAAAGAAAGACAAGCAAUACUAAACAGCAGCAAAUGUACAUUACAUCAAUGUGGGACAUGCACUACUAAAGAAAAAGAAGAUUCCAAUGUUGCAAGCUCCAACCGAUGCAAAAUGUUCAGAUGCAUCCGGUGUCCGACUGCGUUUCAUAUUGGUGAUGACUGCAUAGCUGCUGGCUCUAUUUUGUUACCUGGUUUAAAUAUAAUUUGUCCCGACCAUUUUGAGCCAUUAAAAACAACCCCUCACCAUCAACCUGUGCAUGUUAGCUGGUGUUUUGUUUGCUCAAAAGGGGGUCAACUAAUGUGUUGCGAGACUUGCCCCGCUGCCUUUCACCCCCUUUGUGUGGGAUUUCCCCAAACCCCGGAGGGUGAAUGGUUCUGUCGGGAUUGUCGAUAUAAGAAGAGACCGCUAUAUGGGGAGAUAGUCUGGGUGAAACUGGGUUCUUACAGGUGGUGGCCAGGUGAGAUCACGCAUCCCAAUGAGAUUCCCGACAACAUCCAGCGCUUGCAUCACGGGAUCGGAGAGUUUGUCGUUCGAUUCUUUGGAUCAAACGAUUACUUUUGGCUAAAUAAGAGGAGAGUCUUCGCUUACCAGGAAGGGGAUACUGGAGCAACAUCAACGAAUUGUUCGAGGGGAAUCAGCAGCGUAUUUAAUAAAGCCCUCCAGGAGGCGCAAGAGAGCUUUGAAGAGUUAAUGUCAUAUCGGCAGAAAUUACAAGAUGUUAAAACCCAGAAGAAAAGGCCAAUGUACAAGCAUAUUAAGACCAACAAACCAGUGGGUGGGGUUCAGAUAUACACUGCCGAGCUGAGCGAGAUUGCUCGUUGCAUUUGUAAGAAAACUGAUCCGAAUCCAUGCGGACCUGAAUCUGAGUGUUUGAACAGAAUGUUGAUGUAUGAGUGCCACUCUGACCUCUGCCCUGCUGGUGAAAAAUGUCAGAACCAAAGAUUUCAGAAACGUGAAUAUCCUUCUUCUGAGGUGUUUAAAACUUCUUGGGGUGGGUGGGCACUGAGGGCAAAAGAUUUGAUCAAAAAGGGUGAAUUCGUGAGCGAAUACGUUGGUGAAUUAGUAGAUAGCGAGGAAUGCAUGCGAAGAAUAGAAGACGCUCAUAAGAAUAACGUCACAAACUUCUACAUGCUUACUAUUGACAAAGAUCGGAUUAUUGACGCCGGUCCAAAGGGCAAUUAUUCACGGUUCAUGAACCAUUCAUGUGAUCCAAAUUGUGAGACGCAGAAGUGGAUGGUGAACGGAGACACCAGGGUUGGAUUGUUCGCAUUGAGGGAGAUACAGGAUGGUGAAGAACUGAUGUUUAAUUACAACCUGGACUGUCUCGGCAACGAUAAAACACCUUGCAUGUGUGGAUCAGCCAACUGUAGUGGAUUCAUCGGUGUAAGACCUAAGCCACAAAUGGGUGAAAACGGCAACAAUGGAAAAUCAGUGAAGCGGAAACGUCGUCGUCAGGAGUCGAAAAAUGUUCCGAAACACGACGAUUUUUGUUUCCGUUGCCGACAAGUUGGCACUCUGGUUUGUUGCGACGUUCGAGCGUGUCAACGGGCUUUCUGUCUUCGGUGUCUUCGACUUACCAAGUCACCAUUUGGUAAAUGGCAGUGCCCUUGGCACCACUGUGAUUUUUGCGGCCGUCGUGCCCAAAACUUCUGUCAUUUCUGUCCGAACUCGUUCUGUUCGUCCCACGUGGCGAAUCAACUUUUGCCCAGCGUCCCUAACAAAUAUGAUUGUUGUACGGACCACGAUCCGAAUGUAGCUGAGUACGAGAUGGAAGAAGCAAUCGCCGCAAUUUGCGCUUCAAUGCUUGGCCCUGAUGGUUCGUCUGAGAUUCAUGAUGAGGAUUUGGAGAGUCCUUCUUCUGCUCCAGAGCAAGAAGUUCUCCCUGAUCCAAAGAACGUCCAGAUGCCGUCUCCAAAAAAAGCCCCAGUCGCUCCUGUUCCAACACUAGGUGUCAGCACACCACCUCCAAGAAAACGAGGCCGACCAAGGAAAAAUAAAACCAUUGAAACACCCGUUCCAAAAAUUCCAGAACCUGUAACACAAGAGGAAACCCUACUCAGUGAUGCCAUAACAGAAUCUGAUGAUCCUGAAGAAGAGGAUGAUGAUGAAUACCUCGGUCCUCCAACCUCCUCCCCUUAUAAAAUGAAGAGAGUAAAGCGAUCUUUUUACACAGGAAGAAAGAAAAAAAGACGGAAAUCAAACGCUGAGUCAGCGCAAUCAAAAAAUGCAAAAUCAUCGCCGGGAAAAAAUGCCAAGUCAUCGCCGCUAAAAAACUUACAGACAAUACCACAAAAUAAUGUGGAGUCAUCGCCCCAAAAUAAUGCUGUGUCACCUACACUGAAUAAUGAUUCACCUGUUAAAAUGGAUAUGAGGGAGUAAACAGGUGCGCAGAAUUGUUUGAAGACAAUCCUAUUAUAGCUGAAGUAAAGUCGUUGAAGUUCUAAUGAUAAUGUUUCUCCAGUCUAUUUCUACGGCUGGUUCCUUUUUUGUACCCCUUCACACAAGAAGAUUGUAUUCCUAGAAAAUAAUGUUUCUAAUGUGAACUUACUGUCUGUCAUGAAUUUUGGUUUCGUUCUUUGUUCAACAUUGUUGACAAUUCUGCUUUAUUUGUUUUUAAAAUUACAUCAAAUUAAAGAGAG